UAGACGUCCGCGUUAAAUGAACAUACAAUGAACACUUUACCUAUCAUAACAUGGAAUCAGCUGAUACUUCCGGUCAGAGACGCCACUCGACCGGGUAAAUAAACAACCUAGUGAUCAGGCCAUAUGAGACAAUCGUUGGAGAAGAAAGGUGGAGAGAACAGCAUGUUUUAUCAACUCGUAAUUAUAUAUUGACCACCAACAAGGAUUUUUAAAUUCAGGAAAUUGUGAUUAAAGCGUAGAAAGCAACGAUAAAGGAAUGGCAUAGUUUCACAUCAGCCUGUAAGUGAUGCUACGUGUUAACAUAGGAAGAUGACAAGACCAUCAUUGUAUAACGUUUUCACAUAGGUAGAUCUUGGUGGACAGUGAUGAGCAAGAAAGAUACACACAAGGAAACUUCACCAACUCGCAGGAACUCCAGAUAUGAAAAGUUUCACAAGUUGUUCAAGUCUGUCCCACCAGAGGAAUCCCCCAUUGACUAUUUUUCCUGUGCCUUUAUUGGAGACAUUCUUCUCCAGGGACAUUUAUAUAUCUCCCAGAAUUUCUUCUGCUUUCACUCCAAGAUCAGGGGGAGGGGACGAUUGUUGGAGAUUCCAAUGAGCAGAGUUAUCAGCAUUACUAGGGAGAAAACAGCACUUAUCAUUCCAAAUGCCAUUGGUUUCCAGACAGCUGGUAAAAAGUACUCAUUUGGUUCAUUCCUUACAAGAGACAGUACAUAUAAGUUUGUGAUUGGUCAUUGGAAAAGAUGUCAAGAAAUGAGCAAGACCUUGUUACAAAAUCAGUCAAGUGGAACAGAAUCAGAUGUGCCGUAUUCAUUAAGGGACCAAACUCCCGACACACCAAUGGACAAUUCAGACAUAACAAAAAUGUUUGACGAGUCACAAAACAAUGAUGUUGACAAUAACAAUGUGAUAAAUGGACAUAUAAUAUCCCGGCCAGACACGGAAGAUUCAGACGCUGGCGUGUGCCUUGCGUGUGGGUCAAGGGAUGCAAGUGAUGAAAAUGUGAAAAAUGACAUAUCAAACAAUGUUAAUAAGACACUUCAGAACCAUGUUCUUAUUUCUCAAACCUCAACUGUUGUACAUGAAAAACCAAAACCUGUGAAACCUCGAUUUUUUAUUGGCAGUGGAAAGUUUGUUCCUUAUUUCUUUCAGUGUUUUGACUGUGAGAAAAUGUAUGAAGCCUUUUCACAGCUGUCUCUCAAAUUCCAAAGAAUUCCAAGGACCAAUAUAAUCCUCGCAAUAUGCAUUAUCAUGACAUUAUUUUUAAUUGUAUCAGCCAUGGCAUUAACCUACAAAAUCCUUUUGUUGCAAGUCAGGAUUGAUUCCAAAGAUAUCUGGUCGCCAUCUUCUAAAGCUCAGUGGAGAGAGAAAAUGUACUCGUCAAUAUAUGGUCUACAAAAUCAGAACCAUUUCAGUGUGGUGAAACAAAUGAAUGAGAUAUUGAAAUCAAACCUGCAAGUCUUAGAAGAGUUAAGUGAAGAUUUGAAAAGAUUAAAAUCCUGGGGACCAGAAAGAACUAAGUGCGAAAAGGGUGAGACUGAAUGCAGCUGAUACAUUACAUUCCUGUUCAUGUGUAAAGACUAGUCCAAAUCAAAAGAAAGAACAUUCCAUUGUUUAUUUAUAGUGUGGAUAUAACCUGUAUCAGGACUGUUGAAGUAGGGCACAUUUUCUGUGUUUCAUAUCUGUGAUUCAACAUUUUUACAAAUUGUGAAACGUUUUGUUAUGAUCAAUUUUUGUGCAAUAUUUUAUGAAAGAAUACAUGUAUUUAUGUUGCUUUUCUUAUUGCACUGGUUGAUAACAAUCAAUGACCUAUGAUCUUGCUUUAUGCAAUCAGUUAAGUGUUACGUAGUUUAUGCAUAUCUGUAGGCAGGUAGAAAAUAGUUAGUUUAGGCCGUCAAAAAAUAAUGUUCUUUUUCUUAGGUCAAGAACUUUUCUGUUGGAAGGAACAACAGAAAACAGUUCUAUCCAAAUUCGACAUUCCUACUUUUGGAAAAUAUUCAAUGUACAAAAAUCAAAAGGAUAUUUUAAAAAAACUGAAAAACAUAAUUGAAAUAUUAAUAAUAUUAGCUAUUCUUUUACUAGAUGGCUGUUAACCCACCAAAAAUGUUGGUUUUUUUUACACGCUCAUCACAUAUAUAUUAAAAAAAAGCCUAAGAAUAAGAACAUUAUAUUUUGAUGGCUUUUGAAUUGUCAUUUUGAAGAGUGACUUUACUGCCGUCCAAUGUGAUAAAGUUUUUUCCCUUUCAUUAAAUUUGUUAUCUAUUAUAUAUUUUUGUAAGCUACCUUGGUGCAUGUCAAGUAUUAGUUCGAAGCUGCAUGCUGACUAAAUAAAAUAGUAUAGCGAGCUAUUUUCUAAGAAAUUUGAAAAUUUGAGAGUUUUAAUGAUGUUAAAUAUAAUCAGCUUUAGUGUGCAGAUAUUCAGUAGCCUGUUACAUGAACAAAAUUGUUGAUAUAAAGUACUUAUAUGUAAUGAAAAAAUCAAUGCAACUUGUGGUCAGUUGUAAGAUUUGUGUUAAAAAGACCCAGAAAAUCGCUGAAGAUAUUUAGCCAUAAUCCAGUUUUGUAAUUGAAAGCAAAGUCCUAAUUUUCAGACUAAUUCUUAUUUUCUCAACUUAGGUUUCCAAAAGUCUGCAAAAUUUAUGAAGAGAAAAGUAUUAGAAAAAAACUUCCAUUUUAUAUUGAGAUAUACCUGCCUGACAAAGCCUUUGUACUGGUUUAUCAAAAUAUUUUUUUCUUACUUCUAAUAACUAUCAAAUAUAAUGUAUAUAUAACACAUACUACAUGUAUUAGAGAUUUUUUCAGAGAUUUUAACAUUUUUCCUCAAAUCAAGAUUCAAGAUAUUUAUGUUUUUUUUGACAAUGUACUAACAUUAUCAUGUAUGAAUGGUAUCUCAUUAUUUUGGUCUUUCAUCUAUAUAAGUCCAGCUUUCAUAAUUCAUUACCUAUGAAUGUUGAUAACAAUUAGGAUCGAAAAACUGUUACUUUAUUUCAUUACAUGUACUAACAUGACAAUCAUUUAUAAAAUCCAAGUGCUGUAUUCUAAAACCAAGAUGUUUCAUAAUCUGUGAAUCAGUCUUAAAUGUAAUCUUCAAAAAAAGGUGAUUCUAUAAGGAGUUAUAGCCUGUUUACAAUUACUAUGCAUUUAUUAAAUCUGUAUGAAUUUUCUUAAUUUCUGUAAAUUUUCUUGAUUUUUAAAUGUUUUUUUAGUUAAAUUAAUUUUGUUACAAUACUUUAAAAAUUAAAUCAAGUCUAUUAUAUAUUCCUUAUGAGUCGCUUGAUUAAAAGAUCAGUUGGCUUACAUUAUUAAACUGGUCAAAUGAGAUAUUUGUUUUAAUGACAGUUUAUAUCUACUUUUAUAAAUGCAUGUUCAAAUAAGAGAUUUUUUUCUCAUUUGACAUUUAUUGAGGAUGGAUUAUUAUAUUUAUAGAAUUUUAUAUGUUUUGUAUAUGUGGAUGGUGUAUCUGUGAUCAAGUGUGUAUACAGAAAUCGAUUUGCAUCUGUAGGUCAGUGUUAAAUUAAAAAUUCAAUUUUGGAUCACUUGUAGUAGAGUUUCUUAGGCUUAUAAUGUAGACUGCCUAUUGUGUAGUUCUUUGCUUUUAGUGAUUGUAAAAGGUGAACUGAAAUUAAAAUAUAAAUAUAUUUUUAAAUGUACAGAUCAAAUACAAAAGAUAUAUCUAGAAGUUACUUUUUGUGAAUUCAUUUUGAUAAGGAUAGAAAUUUAAUUUUCAAAUAAAAAAAAUUGUGCAGUUGUUAAAAAAGGGAGAUAAUUUGUCAAAAUUAUUUUUAAUGAAUUUUCUUUCUUUUGUCAAAGUAUUUUAAAAUAAUAACAUAGAUUUUAUUAUAAAUUGCUUCCCCCCACUGAUAAAUCUCAAAACUUUCCAUAAAAAAACUUAAAUAUUUUACAAUUCAUCUUAAACCUGUGGUUAUGAAUGAAAAACCUAUAUGUUUGAUCUGCUGAAUGAAAGAUAAUUAAAAUUAAAAAAAAAAUUAUUCUCAGGACAUCAUGACAAUCAAAGACUUACUUGUGACAAUUUGUUUUUAUUUCAUACUGAUGAUCUCAAAAAACAUUUUGAUAAUCCCCUGAAAUGUUUUUUUUUUUGAUUGGAAUAGCUGUGAUGUAAGUUCUAGAAUGCAGCAGUAUUGUUCAGAUACACGUUUGCAGACAAAAAGACAAAAUAUUCUAUUUCCUCAGACACAAACGUGUACAAGAGGUCAUAAACAUGAUAAAGUAUACAUAUAAAUCGACAGCAGAGUAGUGUACGAUAAAAGCAUGUGAAAGACCAUCUUUUCAAUAUGUAGAUUACAGGACCAGUGUUAAGUCAGGACAAUUAAGUUUGUAGUGUACCAGUGUAAAGUCAGGACAAUUAAGUUUUAUUUGUUUGCUGUUGUAGUUGUUGUUAUUGUUUUAUUCAUUCCAUUUUAAAUUAUAAUUUAACAUACAUAUUUUUUUUCUCAGAAUAAAAAAUAGGGAAGAUAUGAAAAUGAGUUACUACAAAUAGAAACUGUUGUGCAGGUUUUAAACAAUUAAGAAGAGCCCACUGCUAUAACAGGAAAACAUUCAUCUUGAAAAGAGAAAGUUUUCUUGUAUUUAAAAACACAAUAUAGACCAUUAUUUUCUCCUUAAAAUUGCAUGGAAGUAUUUCAAGUGAAAUUUAUGUAAUAUAUUUGAUAAGCUCUUGUUUUCAAGAAGCUCUUUCUGCUUUAAGAUACAAACUUCCGUUUUCUGUAAAAGUAUUGUACAAUCCAUUGAUAAAUGUUAAGUAUUUGAAAUUGUUAACAAGUCUGUUGUUAAGUUUGAAAAGUCAAAUUUUUGUUUAUAUGUACAUUUUUUUGUAAAAUCUGUUCAUUAUUUGUAUCAAUGAUUAAAACUUUUUUUUAGGAAGCCAAAUAGAUGUUCAAAAAUCACUGUACAAUCUUGUGUUUCUGUUGAUCAAUUAUUUAUAGUUAGAAGUAGUGAUUGUAAGCUAUUGACUUGUACUUAAUUUUCACAUAUCUACAAUCGCCGGUUUAUCAUUUGUUCAUGCCAGAAAAGAUAAGGUGCAUUAAGGACCCUUUUUGGCAGUAAAAAAGUGGUUUCAAAAACAUAAAACUGAUUUAUCUGUAGAGAUACUGAAUAGAUUUAUGCAAAGUUUAAAUUGUAAGAUCUUUUGAAAGAGAACAUGUAAAAUUAUCUUUGAAAUUUGACAAAAAAGUGUGAGGGGAAUGUGUUUUUUUUUAAAUCAAUCUUGGAUUUUAAAAAUUAAUCCCAUUUGUUUAAAUCAUUCAUUUGGUAAAUAGUAAAUGAUAUUGCAUGUGAAAAUACCAUAACUAAAAUACUGGCAUGAAUACAAAUGUAUGAACUGUAACAUUUGGGUGUGUAUUAUACAGGGAUUUAUAUCUCUGUAAUCAGUGCUAUAUUUUCAUCUGUGAUAUUUAGCUUGCUUUACACUUCAGUUCUAUGCUGAGGGUUGUAAGCUACUGGUGAUGCAUGGUCAUGUAGAUUAAUGAUUCUGUUAUUAUUGUAACCAAAAAGUACUUAAUGAAACCUUUAUAUGACAGUCUUUGUAAUUUAGCUAGAUAUUGAUUUUCUAAUGAAAUGUCAAUGUAUCAUUGAGGCUGAAUUAAAAGUAUUCUGGUUUUGCAGGCCAUCCCAAUGAAUUUUGAAUUGUUUGUAUCAAACAUUUUAAUUUUGAAUUUAUUUGUGAAAAUAUAAUUGAAGUUUUAAAUUUAUUUGAUAUAUAUUGUUCUUAAAUUGAAUUAAAUUUGAUGUUUUAAAACAAGUGAUUUAAAAACUUGCCAAAAAAGACAGAUUUCCCUGCAUAAAGUCACUUUUAUGAAAUGAAAAAUUUAAGUGAGAGCAACUGAGACAGCAAUGGAACAUAACAAAAAAAAUCUAUAAGUAAACACAUGGUCUUCUGAAAAGUUUGUUGAAACAAACUGUAGUUAUGAAUUGGGUGCCUACAGAAUAUAAAAUUACAUCUAGAAAA